AUGGUUCCGAUCGCCACAGUCGGGAAACCAGGGUUUUUGCACCUGAUGAAUACCAUCGACAAACGUUACAACAUUCCCUCUCGAACCUAUUUUUCACGCAUUGCUAUCCCCCAAAUGUACGAGCAUACUCGCGACCGUGUCAUGUUGGAACUGAGAGAUGUCGAACAUUUUGCGUGUACAACGGACCUCUGGUCCAAAAAUGCUGUCAAAGGUGACACACGCAUCAGUCGUGCUCUAGGAGUGUGCAAAAAGCUAGUGGGACAUUUUCCCCAUAGCUGGAAAAAGAAAGAAGCGCUAAAGAAAGCACAGAGAGAGCUUAACCUGCCAGAACAUGGUCUCAUCACAGAGUGCCCUACACGAUGGGGCACUAAGCAACAAAUGAUGGAAAGGAUCCUGGAACAGCAGAGGGCACUGUCACAAGUUCUCUCUGAAAAUCGGAGUACAAGACAUCUGGUUCCAUCUUGGCAGGACAUUGAGGUCCUUGAGUCUGUAAACAAGGCAUUGAAGCCACUUCAAGAUUUUACAGAUGCUUUGUCUGGGGAAGAAUACGUGAGCAUUUCCUAUCUACUUCCAGUUCUUAGUUUACUGAACACACAAACCCUUGCUGCUGACGAGGAAGACACAGAGCUGACAUGCUCAAUUAAAACCAAAGUGCUGGGCUACAUGGAGGCAAAAUAUGAGGAUCCUGCAACCCAAACUCUCUUGAACAUUGCCACUUUUUUAGAUCCAAGGUUCAAAAAAGACUACAUUCCUAAGGAACAACUGGAAGAAAUUAGUGUAAGGAUAAAAUCAGAAAUGAAGGAGGCACAACCUGCUGUUGCCAUAUCAUCAUCAGUGGGUGCUGCUGUGUCAGGUGCUGAGGCUGAGCCAUGUCAAAGUGCCACAGCCACAAGUACAAAGAGGAUGAAGAAGUCAUUAGGAAGCCUCUUACAGACCUCAGUCACAUCUCCCUCUGAAUCCUCUGACCAUGCAACCAUUGAAGCAGAAUUUAACAGCUACAUUCUGAUCCCCAAAAUCCACAGUGAGCAGGACCCUUUGGCAUGGUGGGGAAUUUACAAGGUAAAUUUCCCCCACUUAAGCAAGCUGGCGGAAAAAUAUCUUUGUGUGCCUGCCACUAGCACACCAUCUGAAAGACUUUUCAGCACAUCAGGCAAUGUAGUUACAUGUCAGCGUGCAUCCCUGAAACCAAGCAAAGUGGACAUGCUUGUUUUCUUGUCCAAAAAUCUUUAACAAUUUUAGCAUGAAUGCUAAAAUCUGACUUGGCAAAAACAAAACAAAAAGAGAGCUAAGAAGUAACUCCACUGUUUCUCAAGUGUUUUUGUUUACUUGAAUGUUCAUGUUUUCAGGUUGAUGUAGGCCUAACUAUAUAGUGGAGCAAAGUAUUAGUGAUAUUUUUAUUUUCUGUUUGUUUACAUUGUUAAAAUGUAAUUUUAACAUUUAAAUGUAAUGUUAAAAUGUAAUUUGUGUUAAUGCAACAUAAAAAAACUGCUGUUGUUCACUUUCAAAAGUUGUAGUGAU